UAUUCGACCACUUGCGAGCUUCUUCACUUUCGUUUGUUUGCCUUUCAGAACAAGUCUCAAGAUGGAUGCGCCGAUUGUUUACUGGCUUCUGUUUCGCGCUGCCUCUUCGCUCUUUGCAUAUUCUCUUAUCGUCUUCCUUCUCCAUCUGCGGAAUCGUCAAGCCAAAUCAACACCGCGUCCCAAGAAGCCAGUGGAAGCUCCCAACGGACUCCCAGUGCUAGGCCAUGCGGUCGCAUUCUCGAAAGACCAGGCAGGCUUCGCCAUGGCCUUGAAGAAGCGUUUCAACGGGAUCCCCCUACGUCUCCGGCUCAUGGUCAUGGACAUCGUCUUCCUCACUGACCCUGACCAUAUCGGCUCUCUCUUCCGACGCUCCACGGAACUCACCAAUGGGCCCUAUCGAAAGUUCGUCAGCUCCACGUUCGGCGUGCCAAGGGACUUCCAGAAGUUCUUCGCGGCUGAUAACUCCGGGCUGUCUCGCACUCCUCUCCCAGGUUCGAAUGUCAAACCGGAACAUCGUGUCGACUAUCUCAUGCACGCGUUCAUCGUCCAGUUCAUGACCGGAAAGAGCUUGAAGUUCCUCGCCUCUCGCUUCACGGAGAACAUGGAGGAGAGACUCUGCAACUUGGACUGCUCCCACGAAUUCGAAGGCCACGGGAGCCUGUACGACUUCGUGAAGAAGAACAUGUUCCACUCCUCAGUCCGAGCCAUGUUCGGGACCCAUCUCUUCGAAGUAGACCCGCGCUUUUGCGAGCACUUCUGGGAGUUCGAAGAAGGCAUGCCCGAGCUAGCAAAGGGGCUCCCUCGCUGGAUGUACUCGAAGCAGUACAGAGCGCGAGACCGAUGUAUCCUGACUGUUCGGCAAUGGCAGAAGAGCCUCGGGGCGCGCCGAAACGACGAGCCAGAAACCGCGGAAGAGCUAGCCAAACAGGAGUACGAUGACUUCUUUGGCUCUGCGAUCGUCAAGAAGCGGCACUCAGCUUUCAGCAAGAUGGAACCGCACAUGGGCCCGGACGCCCGGGCGUCGGAAGACCUGGCUCUCCUAUGGGGCGCGAAUUCCAAUGCCACGCACGCGGCCUUCUGGCUGAUCUACUCCGUUCUACGCGACCCGGCGACCGAGGCACGCUUUCUGUCUGAGAUAAGAGCCGCGGAGAUUCCAGAUCAAGCCGGUGAUAGCUUCGUCCGGUACGACAUCGACGCCCUCUGCACAAACCCUUUCCUUCAGUCUCUCUACGCCGAAACGCUCCGCCUGUACGUCGCAAACAUUGUACUGCGCAGCCCGCGAAACACAGAUCUCGCGGUUGGCGACUACAGCAUCAAACGCGGCGAGAUUAUCGCGACCAUGAGCUACCCCAUGCACCAAGACGAAACAAGGUACAAUACCGGGACGCCUGAGGAACCCCGGCCCCUCUCCGACUUUUGGGCCGAGCGUUUCCUGGUGCCAAACGAUGCGCCGAAUGAGGAGCAAGAGCCAGACCAGGCACGCCCGGCUGAGAAGUUCUCGCUUAAAGGCACCGAAGGGGCUUGGAUUCCCUAUGGUGGGGGCGCAAACAUGUGUCCAGGGCGCUAUUUUGCGAAGCAAGAGAUGACAUUAAUGGCGGCGCUGCUCAUAGGAAAUUUCGAGGUCCAGCUCGUCGGCGACUCAGCAGAGAUAGAUUGGCGGUAUUUCGGUUCGGGGGUGCUGGGUGUGGGCGGGAACAGCAAAUUCCUCAUUCGGAGACGGAGUGUGAAGGGUUCGGCGUAACGUUUGCAUCUUCUUACUACCCCUUUUCUUUUGUCUCGCAGCCGUAGUUCGAUAU